AUGAAUCUAUUGACUAUUAAUGUAUAUGCGAUCAACAAAAGAAUAUUUUUUUUCGUCCUGAAAAAAGAAAAUUUUCUUCUUUUCCAUACUUUUUUUUUUCUCUAUAGCAUAUCAUUUUACUAUGAAUUUUCCAAGGAGCAAGACUACAUUUGUUCAAAGCCAGAGGACUCUGGGAUGCAUUUAUGUUCAAAUUUGCCACCAUAUCGAAUAGGACCGUUAGUAUGUAACACUACUGCGGUGCCAUAUAGUCACAAUACACCAUCGAGUUCAUCGUGUGUAAAUUGGAAUCAAUAUUAUACAAAUUGUACGCAGCUUGGUGGAAAUCCAUUUCAAGGAACGAUAUCAUUUGAUAAUAUAGGCUUAGCAUGGGUGGCGAUAUUUCUUGUCAUAUCAUUGGAAGGAUGGACGGACAUAAUGUAUUAUGUUCAGGAUGCUCAUAGUUUUUGGGAUUGGAUCUAUUUUGUUUUAUUGAUUGUGAUUGGCUCCUUUUUUAUGAUCAAUUUGUGCUUGGUCGUAAUUGCGACUCAAUUCUCCGAAACAAAGAAGCGUGAAAUGGAACGAAUGAGACAGGAGAGGGCGCGUUUUACGUCAUCGUCGACAUUAGCAUCAAGCACCAACAACUCGGAACCAACAACGUGUUACGCUGAGAUUGUUAAAUACAUCGCACAUCUUUAUAGACGCCUUAAACGCCGUUUGAUUAAGAAGUUACGAUUGUAUAAAUACCAAUAUCAGCAACGUAAGGAAGGCUUAUUGCCACGAACACCUGAGAAUCUCUUUUCACCGCAAAAAAUUCGAUGUCAUCAUCCAAAAUGUCCAAAAUUGUUGAGCAAUCAUUGUAACAGCGGUGGUUCUGUCAAUAAACUUACGAACCUUCAAGAACAAAAUAAUCAAUUGAACAGCAUACAAUCAGCACCGUUGAACAAUAGCAAUAACAAUCAUGAUGAUAUACUGUCAGAUAACUCGGAAAUACAAUCGUUAAAUAAUACAUUAAGUGCGACAAUGGAUGAGAAGCAAAAAAUGUUAUUACUUAAAAUAGCAAACAAUUCAAUAGCUGCUGCUGCUGCUGCCUCAACUGUUGCUUCUGGAGUUGACAACGAUUAUGGAAACAAUUCAGCCAGUUCCAGCUUGUUGAGUCCGCCAACAUCAACGCGAAGACGUGGAUCGUCUGUUAUGUUUAAUGAAUUUGUUAUCUUACACACCCCGCCCAAAAUUGAGCCGCAAAAUGACAAGAAUACAUUAUCAGUUGAGAAAAUGACACAAACGGGUGAAGGAGGCAUAUGGCAAGUCAAUUUACCACACAAUAAUACAAUCAACUCAGUCACAAACAAUCUCAAUGACUAUUCCGAUCUCAAUCUUACUGACGCCAUGACAUGCCAGGAAUUGUUGGCAUUAUCAGUUGCCUUCUCAGCUGCCCUGCCGACGGGUCAAACAACCCUCGAUUCAUUCUAUUCAACACUCACAAGAAAUAACAAUAAUAAUCACAACAAUAAUAAUAAUAUUAAUAAUGACUUUACACCAACAACACAGGUCGAAGACUAUUCAUGUUGUUAUGAAUUAUAUCAACAAAAUUUCGAUUAUGCCGCACAAGAGUAUCAUCAGCAUCAAUUGCAUCAAUCAAGUGAAGAUUUAGAGCGUCAAAAAUCGCGUGCUUAUUAUGCAUGUAUAACGUGCUACAAACAAGGCAUUCUACUAGCUAUUUUAAUUAACACACUUUCGAUGGGCAUCGAGUAUCAUAAUCAGCCUGAAGAGUUGACAGCCAUUGUUGAAACGAGCAAUAUCGUAUUUUCAGGAAUAUUUGCUGUCGAGAUGCUCUUAAAGAUAAUUGCAGAAGGACCAUUCAAAUAUAUUUCAAAUGGUUUUAAUGUGUUUGAUGGAGUUAUCGUGAUCUUGAGUGCCGUGGAAUUGUGUCAAGCAUUUAUAAAUGAAGGUCCCUCAUCGAAUUCGGGACUGUCUGUAUUGAGAACAUUUCGUCUGCUUCGAAUACUCAAAUUAGUUCGAUUUAUGCCAAACCUACGGCGACAACUUUUUGUCAUGCUGCGAACGAUGGACAAUGUCGCUAUAUUCUUCUCGUUAUUGAUUCUCUUCAUUUUUAUAUUCAGCAUACUCGGCAUGUAUCUGUUCGGUGGUAAGUUUUGUAAGUUUAUGGAUGAAGAAUUGGGAGAAAGAGAAUGUACCUGUCCUGAAAUAAUAAGCAAACAUCCCCUCUGCGAAUGUGAUCGCAAGCAUUUCAACAACUUUUUAUGGGCUACUGUCACAGUCUUUCAAGUAAGUUUAGAUCCUCGCCUCCCCGUUCAUUCCACAAAAAAAAAACUAAUUUUAACGCAAGAGGACUGGAAUGUCGUAUUGUUUAAUGGAAUGGAGAAGACAAGUCAUUGGGCGGCACUGUAUUUUGUUACACUAAUGACAUUUGGUAACUAUGUCUUAUUCAAUUUACUCGUUGCCAUUCUUGUCGAGGGUUUCAGCUCCGAACGUCAUGAACGACGCGAACGUGAACAACGUGAAAUUAUUAAAGCAAAACUUAAUGCGGAACAGCAACAAUUGCAAAUGCAAUUACAAAUGCAGGAACAGUUUAAUGAAAUGUUUCCGCCUGAUGAUCUUAAAAGCUUUUCUGAAUCGACAACAUCUGAUAGCUAUAACGAUUCAAAAAAUAGAUGGUUUAGUGCUGAGGAAUUACGUAAAUUAAAUAAUAUUGAGAAUAUUAAGUGCAAUAUUCAAAAGCAGAAAUUACUACAAGGCGAGGCAGGUGCUACGGAAGCUGUUGAUGGACAAUUGCCAAAUUAUUUAACAAAAUCGAAUCAGGAAAAGGAAAUGAAUCAACGUCCAGGCAGUUAUAAACGUAAACAUCACAGUAUACGUGAGAAGAAUCGAUUGAGUGACGGCAGGAAAGUGGAUCCUCCGAUAAUAACCACAACAGCUGCAACGCCACAGGACUCGCCAAGCAAUACGAUGGAAAUGGGUACGACAAUGAGAGAUUGGGAACAUGUGGAUUUGGACUCAUUAGAGAGAAAUGAGCCACCAAGAAUUCACUUAACACCACCAUCAGUAUUUGGCUCAUUAAAAGCACUUGACGAAAGAAUAUUUCUUGAACGUCCAACAUACAUUACUAAAAGCGAACGCAAUAGUUCAUCAUCAUUAACAUCUCAUAGCGAGAAACAUUCACCGACAGGUUCUGCCGUCCUUCCAACAUGUGUUGAACAGUCUGGCGAUGAAGAGCAACAAGAUAAUUUAAAAAUAGAUAUAACAAUAACUGCUGCCUCUCCAGCACCAUCGAGGAAAUCGAGCUUGAAGGUUCGUCGUGGUAGUUCGAAGCGAAAAAAGGUCGUUGGUGCUCAAAAGACCGAGACAUCGCAAGGCACAGAAAUAUUGAAUAAUUGUAAACCACUUCCGCAAUCACAGAUUCAGCAGCAGAAUGAGAGAGAAGAAAAUUUAUCAAAAAGCAGUAGCGGUAUGGUCAAUGGUAGCGGAACGAAUGAAAUGUGUGACAUUAGAAAAGGCUCAAUACAGUCCGAUAAAGAUGUACUACUAGCGAGAGUAAACUGUAUAAAAAAUGAUACACAUCCGAGUGGACAAUAUUCACGAAUGAAUGUGAGACGAUCGUCGUCAAUCAAAAGUGACAGUCAUCAAUUACCAUUACAACGAAAUCAGCAAUUCUUAUCGAAUAAAUACAUCAACAAUCAUCAGUAUUACAAUUUUAAUAGGAAGAACUCAAUAAAUGUUGCAUCAAUUCAACAUCCACACUUCUUUCAUCAACAAUAUUAUCAACGUCGUAUGUCAUCAUUUGAGCAUUCAUUCGAGAAGCAUUCAAACAUCAAUUUACAUAAUUUCGAAGACUUUCUACAACGUAGCAUGAAGGUAGAUCUUGAAAAGUCAAUAUCAUCCCUUAACAAUUCCACAUCAAUGAUGCAAGAGCCAUCACAACCAGAAACACCUCUUAAAAAGAGCUCAAAGAUAACACAAUGGUUUAAGGAAGUAUCAAAUUUUGAUAAGUGGACAGAAGAACGAGAUCCUUACUCACUCUACCUGUUUAGUGAUGACAACAUUUUCCGAAAACUUUGUAACUGGUUUGUUGACCAAAAGUGGUUCGAUAAUGUCAUUCUCUUUUUUAUUGCACUCAAUUGUAUAACACUAGCUAUGGAACGACCAAAUAUACCACCAUGGAGUAAGGAGAGAGUAUUUCUUGCAACUGCAAAUUAUGUCUUCACAGUUGUUUUCGCAAUUGAGAUGCUUAUUAAAGUCGUUGCAGCAGGUAUGUUUUAUGGACGUGAUGCAUAUUUUACAUCUGGAUGGAAUAUAAUGGACGGUUCAUUGGUCAUGAUAUCCAUCAUUGAUCUCCUGAUGGGAUUAUUGAGCGAAUCAAGUCCACGUAUAUUUGGUAUACUUAGAGUCUUUCGUCUCUUGAGGUCAUUGAGACCAUUGAGAGUAAUCAAUCGUGCACCCGGUUUGAAGCUUGUCGUUCAAACACUCUUAUCAUCUUUACGACCCAUCGGUAAUAUUGUAUUGAUUUGCUGUACAUUCUUCAUUAUAUUCGGUAUAUUGGGUGUGCAGCUGUUUAAAGGAACAUUCUUUUAUUGCGAGGGUGAGAAUAUUAAAGGUGUAAGAAAUAAGACAGAGUGCCUACAGCGUACUGGGAAUGCAUGGAUAAAUCGUAAAUAUAACUUCGAUGAUUUAGGAAAGGCUUUAAUGUCACUUUUUGUGCUUUCAUCGCGUGACGGAUGGGUGAAUAUUAUGUAUACAGGUUUAGAUGCUGUUGGUGUUGAUCAACAACCUAUAGUCAAUUAUAACGAAUGGCGUCUUCUUUACUUUAUCGCAUUCAUUCUACUUGUUGGAUUCUUUGUGCUUAACAUGUUUGUCGGUGUCGUAGUCGAGAAUUUUCAUCGUUGUCGUGAGGAGCAAGAGAAGGAAGAGAAAAUUCGAAGAGCCGCGAAGCGUGCAAUUCAAUUAGAGAAAAAGCGACGUCGAAUGCAUAUGCCACCGUAUUAUACAAAUUAUUCACCACUUAGAAUGUUUGUUCACAAUGUUGUGACAUCAAAGUACUUUGAUCUAGCCAUUGCUGCCGUCAUUGGACUCAAUGUUGUGACAAUGGCAAUGGAAUAUUAUAUGAUGCCAAUUGCACUUGAAUAUGCAUUAAAAAUCUUCAAUUAUUUCUUUACGGCUGUGUUCAUAUUGGAAGCAGCAAUGAAGCUCGUCGCUCUUGGCUUUAAACUAUAUUUAAAAGAUAAAUGGAAUCAGCUUGAUGUGUUCAUUGUUAUCCUAUCAAUUGUCGGCAUUGUACUCGAAGAGAUGGAAUCAAAAAUUAUACCGAUAAAUCCAACGAUUAUUCGUGUUAUGAGAGUUUUAAGGAUAGCACGAGUGCUGAAACUUUUGAAAAUGGCAAAGGGAAUUAGAGCCUUACUGGAUACAGUUAUGCAAGCAUUGCCGCAGGUCGGCAACCUAGGGCUUUUAUUCUUCUUGCUAUUCUUCAUUUUUGCGGCACUCGGUGUUGAACUCUUCGGUCGAUUGGAAUGUUCGGAUGAAAUCCCAUGUCAAGGUUUGGGUGAGCAUGCACAUUUUGCAAAUUUUGGUAUGGCAUUCCUGACACUCUUUCGUGUUGCAACCGGAGACAAUUGGAAUGGUAUUAUGAAGGAUACACUUCGUGACGAAUGUGAUGAUGCAGCAGAUUGUGUGAAAAAUUGCUGUGUCAGUGCGAUAAUUGCACCAAUUUUCUUCGUUAUAUUCGUAUUAAUGGCACAAUUUGUACUUGUGAAUGUCGUUGUUGCUGUUCUUAUGAAACACCUAGAAGAAAGUCACAAACAAAUGGAGGAUGAUAUGGAUAUUGAAACGGAGCUUGAGCGAGAAAUAGAACGUGAACAGUUGUUUGAAGAGGAACAAGCGUUAUGUAAAGAAUUAGAGAAACAAAAAUCAAUUGCACAAAAACGUCCACUAACAAAGGUAGCAUCACUUCCAUCAAACUUUACAUAUAGCACACCAAUUAUAGAAAAGAAAUUUAAUACGGGCCGAAGGCAAACAGUACAAUACUUUAAUCCCUUACUCGGUCCUAAUAUGGGUUGUCCCUUAUCAUUACGUGAAUGGAAUCAAACGCCAAUCAGUAGCACAUGUGAAUCAAACGAAAAUGAUUUGAAUGAGCCGGUGCCAUCAGGUGCACGUCGAUCAUCAAAAGCACCAAUAAAUCGAAGAAAUCUUUUACAGAAAUUUCGUACACAAAGCUUUGACGUUAAGCUUUUAUCGGAUACGGGAGAUGCAGUUGAAAUGGAUAGUCAAAAUAUCAAAUUUGGACAAUCAAAUGGUGGUGGUGAGACUUCUAGCAGCGCCAUUAACAAUAAUUUAAUGAUAAGUAAGAAGCCAACAGGCAUUGCAGCCAAAAAAAUUAAUUAUCGCCAAUCUAGCUUGGAUUUUGAUAAUCGUUCAAGUGCAUGUAAAUUUUUAGAUCAUAGUAAUAAUAAUGCGAGUAGUUUUAUAGGUAAUAAAUCAUUUUUAGCCGUGCCAAAAUUGCAAGCAACAAAUCGUAGUCGUUCGGGUAGUGCAAAGCAAUUAUUUAAGCAAGCCGCAAUUGUUGAUGAGGACGAGCAAAUAAAUGAAAAUAGUUUAUUGUUACCGGAAGGCAAUACGCCACCCUCACCGCAAUCUAAUGUUCCAUCGUCUAAUUCCAUUCCCCAAAUUCAACUUCCACCAUCCAAUUCGGGUAGUUUAAAGAAUGUUAACGAAACGACAAUGCAACCUCCCAUAUCAGUCAUUUCAUCGUCAUCGUCAUCAAGCACAUCGUUAGGUCAACAGCAACAAUUUAAAAUAAGUGAACCUACAAUAGCAAUGCAUACAUUGACUGUUGACGAUGGAGACGAUGGAAAUGUUAAAAAGUCUGAGUCUUGCGAAUUGCUUCGAGUUAUUUCCGAACGACGGAAGCUGUGAGAAUCACCUACGCGUAACUUGAAAUGAUUAAUUGUUGCUUGCAAUAUUGAUGGCAUUUCUUGACCAUUUCUUUUUUUUCUUUUUAUUUCACUUUAAUUAUUAUUUUUUUCUCCAUUCUUUAACUUUUUCUCUCUUUUCUAUCUCCCUACCUUCGAACUCUUUAACUUACUUUAUUCUAUUAGAUGAGUUGUUAUCUGGGUUUUAAGGGAAGCUUUUGAAUCUUUUCAUAAUUCAAGAUUUUUGACAUUUUUUUCUGAAUUUCAAUUUUUUAAAAAUCAAGCACAUAUCUGAUGCACUUUUGUCAUACAAAUUUCAAGUAUCUAAUAUUAAUUUAAAC